AACAUCCCUAUAUAUCUAGGCGAACCCACACAAGAAUUUGCUAGUUAUCUAUGGUUUGCUAUACAUCUCAGAAGGCGCUGAAAAUGUUAUCAAGAUCUAGUAUGUCACUUUUCCGAGGAUUUUGUCGACAAAUAUUAACUAGAAACUGUUCUGGGGCAGCGGUAGUUGCAUCGGAGUCUGGAACCAUGUCUAGCGCACAUGAUGCCCAACAGGGACUAGCGUUAAAGGAAAACUGUAUUUUGGUGGAUAAGGAUGAUAACGCUAUCGGCGCCAGCAGUAAAGCUGAUUGCCACCGCGUGAAUCGUGAAACUGGCGAAGUCAAAUUGCAUCGUGCUUUCAGUGUAUUUCUGUUUAAUUCGAAAGGGGAGAUGCUUGUGCAGCGACGAUCUGUGCACAAGAUUACAUUUCCCGACACUUACACAAAUGCAUGUUGCAGUCAUCCAUUAUAUGACAUUGAAUUGGAAAGGGAAGAGCCUAAUGCGAUUGGCGUACGGAGAGCAGCGCAACGACGACUCAACUAUGAGCUUGGCAUACCAACGGCACAAAUUCAGCCAGAAAACUUUCACUUUUUGACGCGCAUACAUUAUCAAAACACUGGAGAUGGCGAGUGGGGCGAGCACGAAGUCGAUUAUAUACUGUUCCUGCAGAAGGACGUCGAUCUUCAUCCAAAUGAGAAUGAAGUGAGUGAAGUGCGUUUCAUUAAACGAAAUGAAAUUGACACCGCUGUAAACAAAUUUGAGGCACCAUUGACACCGUGGUUUAGGUUAAUCUUAAAGCAUAAACUCAAAGAGUGGUGGGAUAACUUACAUCAAUUAGAGAGAUUUGAAGAUGACAAAACUAUAUAUCGCUUCUCUUAAGCUAUGAUGCAAUAACAAUUGAGCAUGCUCAUAAGCAAAGGAGGAAAUAAUCUUUCAUCAGCGAAUGGAACAAGGGAAUUACACCAAAGAAAUUUUCAACGGCACUUUGACCGAAAGGGGUUUUGUUUUGUUAUUUUGGUAUAAGAAAUGGGAUUCACUUGUAGAAUUUAUAAAAUCAGUCAUUUUCAAUUUUUUUUUCUGCUUUAUUUUCGCUUUUUGUUUUUGGUUUAUUUAUGGUUGUAAGCAUACAUUUGUAUAUGUUUAUUGGUAUGUAUAUAAAUAACAAUAAAAUAUAGUAAUGUAAAAUGAUCACAUUUACUGUGUUAAGCUAGCCACUAACGUAUGAUAUGUUCGCGCAAAUUCGCGAAAUUCCAUAAACAUGAAAAAUGUGGGACGUUAGUGGCUGGCUUAAUCAUGCACAUUACUUUUGGCUUACAGGCUAUUCAUACAGCUAGUGUUUUAUGUAUGCAUGUAUGUUAUUAGUUGGCGAAGCACAAUAAACAUUUCGCAACACAACAAGAAAUAACGAACAAAAUGAAUAAUAAAUAUUUACAAGUUUUGGCGUAAAAAAUCUUAUGAAAUAGUAAAACAAAUAAAUGAGAAACUAUAAUCAAA